CCUGAGCUGUCCCCAAGGUGUUUGGGGAGCACAGAACAGGAAACCACCAGGCUGCAGCUCCCAGGCUUGGCUUCCUGCUCUAAGCCACGUGUGGGGCAGGCAGAACCUCUGAGAACCAAUUGCUGAGCGUCAGAGAGAGGGGAAAGAGUUGUAAACAACAACUGCCAUGCAGGGCAUCCAAGGUCUUGGGGAUGGAUGGAAACACAGCUCCCACACCCUGCUGGUUUCACCAAAAUUCCUGGCAAAGCAGGGAAAUGAGGAGCUGGAUUGUUCCAAGCUGAAGCCAAGGAAAGUUCUGGAGCAGCAAAGGUGUGUGAGGAGCAGAAGUGUGAGGAGGAGGUUUUCCCGCUGGCCAUGAACUAUGUGGAUCGUUACCUGUCCUCGGUGGCCGUGCACAAGAACCACCUGCAGCUGCUGGGGGCUGUGUGCAUGCUGCUGGCCUCCAAGCUGAGGGAAACCAUGCCCCUGACCGUGGAGAAGCUCUGCAUCUACACCGACAACUCCAUCACGCCCCAGGAGCUGCUGCACUGGGAGCUGCUGGUGCUGGAGAAGCUCAAGUGGGACCUGGUGUCGGUGAUUGCCAACGAUUUCCUGCCGCACAUCCUGCACCGGCUGCCGCUGCCCCCCGACAAGCUGGAGCUGGUGAAGAAGCACGCCCAGACCUUCAUUGCUCUCUGUGCCACUGACUUCACCUUUGUGAUGUACCCGCCGUCCAUGGUGGCCACGGGCAGCAUCGGCGCGGCCGUGCACGGCCUGACCCUGCCCCUGAGCGGCUGCAGCGGCGACGCCGUCACCGAGCUGCUGGCUGGGAUCACGGGCACCGAGGUGGACUGCCUGAAGGCCUGUCAGGAGCAGAUUGAGGCAGCUUUAGCCGAGAGCCUGAAGCAGGCAUCCCAAUCCCAGCAGGAAUUCAGCGCCAAGACGGCGCCGUACAGGGGGAACCAACCCACCAGCACCCCCACGGACGUCACCGACAUCAACCUGUGACCAAGUGCCCUUCCCCAGAGCUCCAGCCCCUCCCUGGACACCCCAAAUUCGCUGCACCCACCCCCCCUGCCCACCCAGCACCUCCAAGGGGCCCUUCCCAGGCUGGAGCUGCUGCAGGUGGCCAUGGGGGGUGACCCCGGUGGUGCCCUGGGGACAGCAGGAGCUGGAUGGGUUUGGGAUUGUUGCUCUCACAGGGACAGAAUCAUGGAGAGCCACCCUUGCUGUCACCCCCAGCUCCUGCAGGCUCGUGGAGCAGCUGCUUGGUGGCCCCUCAGUGUCCCCAUUGCUUGGUGCCACAUUCCCACAGCUCCGGGGGAAGUUGUGCAGCUGCUUCUGCUUGGAGAGGACCCGUGGGGCUCGUUUGGGUUUUUUAUUUUUGCUGUUGGAUGUGGGAUUUUGGGGACUGCCUUGGGAGCAGUUCAGGCUGGGCUUUUGAGGCUGCUUAAUUUAUUGUUCACUGCUGGGAAAGAGGAGGGAGGAGAGCUGGGGCUGUGUGCUGCUCUCCUCUCCUCCCCAAAAAAAGUGCCUUCCCCCCUCACCCCUCCCUGGGCAGUGGGAGCCUCUCCUCGGAGGCUGGUUGGUCUUUUGGUAGCUUAGGCAUCAGAGUAGGAUUUCAGGAAAAACCUUUGAAUGUGCUGCUAUAGUCUGGGAUGCAUCUCCACUCUGCCAGGGCAGGGAUUUGGGAUCAGUGUCCAUCCCAGCCGCCUCCUCCUCCGAGGCUGCAAAACUUCGCCGCGCACUUGAGUUGGAAAAGCAAAUUAUUGCAUUUUUUUGUAUUGUUUGUUGUUGAUCCUGUUAGUUUUUUAUAAAAAUUGUUGUAAAACAGGGAGGAAAAAAAGAAGAAUAAUAAUAAUAAUGCUGCUUUUCUAUGAGAAAACCAUUAGAGAGUGGAAUUAAGCAGAAGCCAGAGACUCCACAGGGAUGGGAGGCAGAUGCUGCUGCUGCUGCUUGGGGACCUGUGGACGUGUGGCUGUUGUCCUCCCGUGGGGGAUGUGGAGAAAAGGAGGCAGAAAUCUUCCUUUUUGGAUGCCACCAGCCACAGCAAAAUCUGGCGGAAAAAGGUGGGGCUGCUGCUCCUCCCUGAGGCUGCCCGGUCCGGAAACCCCCGGAGCCCAGGGCUGGGACAGAGCCUGCCUGUGCUAAAGGAAAUGUUUCCCCUUUUUUUAAAAAUAUAAAUAUAUAUAUAUAAAUGAGUUUUUAAUUUAAGAGUAAACUGGUUUGGUGUUCACUCGCACGAGUCCCGCUGCUGGGAGAGCCAGAGAACCCCGUGAUGUUGCAAUAAAAUAUUAAAAAAAAAUUAAAAAAAAAAAUCAGCGGUUUCCCUGCGCCGUUCCAGGGUGGGGCUGGGAUCUUUCCCUCCUGCUGGGGAUUCCCUGGGAGCUCCAGCCCUGUUUUGCCCAGGAUGGAAAGGGGAGAGGGGCAGCUCAGGGAUGGUGAUGGAGCCAAACUCCUUCCUGCAGGGGAGCAGAGGCAGCACCUCCCUCCCAGCAGGCUGGAGGGCAAUGGGAGCAGCUCAGGGGUGCUCUGAGCUCCCUCCUGUGCUCAUCAAAAUAAAACCAGAAAAGGCUGAGGGGUGUGGGGACUCAGCAGGAGGGUCCCCAGGGUGCAGCUCAGGGUGCAGCAGGGGCUCCUCUCUGUGCCACACACCUGGCAGUGACAGUGACAGUGACAGCAGGUCCCAGGGAGGUGCAGCCUGCUGGAAAAGUCCCCCCGUGGUUUCCCAGCAGAGGUGGCACUCGAGCACAGUGAGCAGGCUGGGCUGGUGGCCACAUGGCCAGGUGAGGAUGGUGGCUUUGUGGCUUCAGGAAGGAAACCCUGGGGGGCUUGGAGUGGGAAAAUCCCUGGGCAAGGAGUUCCAGAAGCUGCUGGGGACAGGGACAGGCUGGGAGCACACUGGGCAGACCCAGCCCUGACACAGAUCUGGUUUUAUUUCUGAGUACAGGAACAAACCAAAGUGUCCCAGUGCUGGUUGCACCAGGCUGGGGGGGACAGGGGCUGCCCUGUGACAGCAGCACAGGGGUCACAUCAGGCACAGGCUGUGUCCAGUGACUGCUCAGAGCAGCAGGAUCCAGGGGGAUGCUCCUCAUCCAGGAGAGAGAUGCUCCUGCUCCAGGAGGGGAUGAUCCUGAGCCAGGAAGGAUUCUCCUGUUCCAGGGGGGAUGCUCCUGCUCCAGGAGGGGAUCCUCCUGCUCCAGGAGAGGGAUGCUCCUCAUCCAGGGGAUUGUUUCUCAUCCAGGAGGGAUGCCCUUGAUCCAGGAUCCAGGAGAGGGGUGCUCCUGCUCCAGGGGGAAUUCUCCUGAGCCAGGAAGGAUUCUGCUCCAGGGGGAAUUGUCCUGAUCCAGGGGGGAAUUCUCCUGAUCCAGAGGGAAUUCUGCUCCAGGGGGAAUUCUCCUGCUGCAGGGAAGGGAUUCUCCUGCUCCAGGGGGGCAUGCCCUUGGUCCAGGAAAGGGAUGCUCCAGGGGGGAAUUCUCCUGCUCCAGGGGAAAUUCUUCUGAGCCAUGGAGGAUGCUCCUGCUCCAGAGGGGAUUCUCCUGAUCCAGAGCAGGGAUGCUCCUGCUCCAGGGGAAAUUCUCCUGAGCCAUGGAGGAUGCUCCUGCUCCAGAGGGGAUUCUCCUGAUCCAGAGGGAAUUCUCCUGAUCCAGGGGGGAUGCUCCUGCUCCAGGAGGGGGAUGCUCCUGCUCCAGGGGGGGAAUCUCCUGCUCCAG